AUGGGGGAGACUGUGGGGCGGAAGACUGCCGUGCACAGCCGAGGGCGGGGUGAGAAGGAGGGACCGGAUGUGACUGGGAAGAAGGAGCUCGUGGCGGAGGCAGUCACGGCUGCCAAGAGCAUUCAGACCCCGUCCGCACCAUCCACCAACGUGUACAACGUCGGCAAAAUGAAGGCGAUGUUCAUGAACAGCUUCCUGCGGCUGCCAGGAGUUCGUGAGGCGCUUUCUGCGCAGCGCCAGGCCGUGCUUCGUCGUGAAACAAUCCCUCGUGAGCCUGAGGUUAUUGUUAUCGACGGAGAUGGUGAUGACCUCUGGUCAGCCAAUGUCGACAAAGUGAAUGUGUCACGAAACCCAGAGAAGAUCAGAUUUCCCGACACUGGCCCUACUGACAAGUGCAAAUGCGCUUUUGACUGCUUCAGAGACGACCUCUUCGAGUGUAAGGAUUUGAAGCUGGCGGUUUGCAAGGGAACUGGGAUCGGAGUCAAAGCAACUGCAACAGUUCAUGCCGGGUCCAUUAUCGGAAACUACACUGGGGUGCUAACAACCCACGACUUUGCGGCAGACAAGGAGCAGACCAGUGAUUACGCGUUGGAGCUGCAGCUAAGAAGCACCAGGAACGAGAAAGUGUACAUUAACGCGACAACGUGUGGCGGUAUGACGCGAAUGAUGAACCACUCGUGCGAUGCAGCAUGUCACUUUGUGGAGAUGCGCAACCGCGCGAACGUUGUGGUGAUGGUGGUGACCAAGCGCACGAUUGAAGAGGAAGAAGAGGUGACUGUCGACUACGUGGACCCAUGGUUUGACUGCGUGUGUGGCGCUCCAAACUGCCGCAGCUAG